AUGCAUCUAUCAACGAUCAUCCUCUCCCUUGCGUCGGUGGUGUCGGCUGUACCGACAUCCCCGGUAGCUUUCGACCCGGUGUUCUCGCGCAAAGUCAUCUUCACACCUCCAGCGAACUACAACGACCCCCGCGUCUUGUAUGCUCGCAGCGCGCAGUUCAAGAAUGGUACCUUACUAGCGACAUGGGAGAACUAUUCCCCCGAGCCACCCCAAGUCUACUUCCCCAUUUACCGCUCCACGGAUGGCGGCCAGCACUGGACAGAGAUCUCGCGUGUGCAAGACACCCAGCAGAAAUGGGGUCUUCGUUACCAGCCCGAACUCUACGUCCUUCCCGAGGACUUUGCUGGCUACAAAGCUGGCACUGUCCUUCUCUCUGGUUCUUCCAUUCCCACUGACCUUUCUCGGACUCAAAUCGAACUCUACGCCUCGACCGACGGGGGUUACACCUGGAAGUUUGUCAGCCACAUCGCUGCAGGCGGUGAGGCACGCCCCAACAACGGCCUCACACCUGUGUGGGAGCCAUUCCUGAUGCUCCACCAGAAGAAGUUGAUCUGCUACUACUCCGACCAGCGCGACAAUGCUACCCACGGCCAGAAGAUGGUGCACCAGACCACCACCGACUUGAAGAAUUGGGGCCCCGUCGUCGACGAUGUCAAAUACCCCAAGUACACCGACCGCCCCGGCAUGCCCACCGUUGCCAAACUGCCCAACGGAAAGUUCAUCAUGACAUACGAGUACGGUGGCGGCCCUGCCAUCACCACCUCCUACCAGUUCCCCGUGUACUACAAGAUCGUCUCUGACCCCGAGAAGUUUGGCGAUGCUACUGGUAUCUCGCUGGUGGCUACCGAUGGCAGCAUCCCUACCGGCUCACCCUAUGUUGUCUGGAGUUCCGUUGGUGGCGUGAACGGUACCAUUAUUGCCAGCGCACACAACAGCAUGGCUGUCUACAUUAACAAGGGUCUCGGAGAGGGACCAUGGAUUAAGAAGGAUACUCCUGCUGCUACUGCUUACACUCGUCACCUCCGUGUGUUGACCGACCCAUCUUACCUUAUGAUCAUGGGUGCUGGACAGCUCCCACCUACCACCUCUAUCAACAAGGUUGAGAACACCGUCAUUGAUAUUAGCAAGUGGUAG